UGAAAAUUCGUGCCGUCAACUCUCGAAAUAUCUUCAACAUGCCCUGCUUGAGCAGUUCAAUGGCCGAUUGACGAUGACAGCGAUGGAGAACGAGUUUGAGUGGCUUGCGGACCUCUCCAAAUGGCAGUGCUUCACCACGUGCGAGCUGUCGCACCCCGCCAAGUCGCUCGACUUUGGCAGCGAUGGCUUCACCGCGUCACUGACUGACUGGCACGAGCUGCUGCAACUCACGCGCCCAGACGCGACGUGCGGUGUCGUGAGCCUGAGAGGGCGUUUCCCUGAUAAGGCUGCUUCCAUCCUCUCGCGUGCCCAGCGCCGCGACGACAGCGGUAGUAAGGGCACCUUUGGCACCAACCUCCUCCCGCCGGACCCGGCCUUCCCGGACGUCGAGCUCGGUGAGCGUAAAGCGCAGGGCUGGGUCAACUUCCGCUGGCCCUACACCCAGUACGAGCUCCUGCGAAGAGACCGCGUCACCGGCGACAUCAUCGACACGGGCAGCUUUGAGGCCAUCUCCUUCGUGAGCAGGGGCACCCUCUUCCAGAUCAACCGCCUCAAGUGGAGCCAUGGUAGUUCACUCAAUGAGUACGACCAUUAUGCUAGCACUUAUGGCAAAAAGGAUGACGACGCCCGCGACGUUGCAACCGCAAGAUUCAGAGUCGGCGGCUAUGUAAGAUUCGCCUGUCCGUGUUCCAGUAAAGACGGAAUCCCCGAACCGGAUGCCUUCACCGUCGAAACUCGCGGCUCCCUUCUCUGCUGUACAAGCGCAAAGUACCAGACGAGAGUCGAGGUUGGGCUUACUGAGAAUGGCGUGCCUCAGCGGCUGACGCCACGCCAGAUAUCGGAUGGCUCCAGUGAGCAGCAGUGGAUCGACCUGUCGUCUGAACACAGGGUUCAGAUCCCCGCGGGCGAGGCUGCAUAUCUCGUCUCGACGUAUGCGCUGCGGAACGACGCGGAGGACGAUGGGAGGGAGUGCAGCGCUGAACUGCCCGACGUUCUGCUCGAUUACCUAGGCGUGAGUCGCGACUCGGUAAAUAUGACGGAUCGCCUGUGGACCGCGCUUUGCGCCACCAACUACGAAGCAGUAGAGGCCGUCGAGUUUUGCAUCGUGGGCAGAUGCGUUGAGCAGGUCCUCGGCGUAACCUCCAUUCCAGCCUGGCAACCCCCGUUAAGUAAUCACUCGCAAGAAGGACGCGAACAACCCUCCCGGAUGCCUGAGAGAGCGCUGAUAGCGAACAUAAUGAACUUUCAAUAUGUUGAUGUCCAAAGCGCAUUCUACCAAAUCCGUCUUCUGGCCAAGAUACACAGCUUCAUUGAGACGCGGAAAUUUGAACGAGACUUCCUUCAGCAGUUCCGAAGCCUAGACGACAUACGAGAUGCCUACCUUGUACGGUUGCGAGAGGCGAUCCGCUCGACCCUAGCCUGGCUGUUCGCGACAGACCUCAAGCCCGGGCGGCUGCUUCUUGCUGUGCACAGCGAGCCGACGGAGACCAACGCGCACGGUGAGCCAGCCAACUCUGCCAACGCCGCCAGGAUGGAGAAGUGCAUCCCCAGCAGAGAAGCAUUGAACUCGCGGGACACGUCGUACAACCGUGGCUGCUAUGCGACCAUGGCGGCGUGGUAUGCGACCAAGAUGUGCCCCGAGGCCAUCACGCCGCAGCUCGUCGACGAGAUCCUCUUUCCCAAGCUGCCGGUCGCGUACCAGCUUGGUGUGGACCGUGCAAACCGCGACAAGCAGCCAACCUCCAAGAGCAACGUGCUGCAAUGGCUCCACUUCAGCUGCAUUCUGCUUCUUUGCGACGAGCUCGGGUGGGACGAGAACGCCCACCGCCGCCAGCCCCCCCAGCCGCACUCCUCCCGGGAGGAUGAGACGUACCCAGAGAUGAGGUUGCCGGACGUUGAGGAGACGCAACAACGGUUCGAGAAGCAGGUGUCGCGGCUCAAGACGAGCCAGGCUGAUGGGUGGGGGAUGGAGCACGAGGAGUUGGACCGCGUGCUGAUGCUGGCCGAGGAGAUGGGACUGGACCGGCUACAGAGCAUGGGAAACAAGUCGUACAGUCUGGCCGUGUCGCGGGCUCGCCAAACUCGCCGCCGUAUUAUCGACCGCAAGCGCACCACAAAGUUCAACACCGGGCCGACGAAGAACUGGAUGACUGCACGGGAACUCAGCAACGGCCCCUGGGAGCUGCUCUGCACUAACCACGAGGCCUACCUGCGAGUCACCGACGAGGCCAACGUGAUACCUGCUCGCGAUCGCCUGUUUGAGUUUCUGCUGUCCGACUAUUCCUUUAUGGCGUCGUGGGACAGGGCCGAUGCAAAUAUGGUCGGAAGGUGGUGGGACAUGCAGCCCGUGGCCAUGAUCUGCGGAACGCUGUUAGACCUGAAGAUCGAAGGUCAGUCCUUGAACACCAGUCCUUGAACACCUUUUUGUUCGGCUGAAAGAACUGGCUGCUAACGCCGUCGAAAGGCAAACUGCAGGCCGCCAAGAGCAAAACGCCGCCUGCGAAAGACGAGCCUCCAGUCGACGGAAUGGCCCAGUCAAUACCAAACCUGAGGGCCGACACAAUGAACCUCGACGGGACUAGCGGUGUCGUCGCGCGACUCGAUGUCAAUCAAGCAGCCCUGGUCACGGCGCUGGUUCAGCAGCUGAGGCAGUCGAUGGAGGAGUCCAUGAGAACACAGAUCCACGAGAUGCGCCAGCUGCUCGGCCCAGAUAGCGACAGGGCAGAGUCGGUCAAGGCGUUCGAGUGGGUGACACAGAAGCC